UACAAUAUCACGGCAAACUUUCAUUUACAGACAUCGCGCGAUAAUGGAAGGUGCAGUUGGAAAAGAUAUUUAUUGGGACACGCCUAGUGGCCAGUAUUCGAAAUGUUCGCAUUUGUGUGGAUCGUAUCCUAAGGCAUGUGCCGAAUACUGCCCAGAUUAUAUUCAAGCACAAUCCACUGAAUCCAGCGGGGUCCUAUCUGCAGUUACUCAUGCCUCAUGGCCUCUCAUAUUAUCGACUGGGAUUGGGGUGUUGACUUUUAUACUAAUAGUGGCAGUGGUUUAUGUGAAAAGAAUAUGUCUUAUGACAUAUCUUAAGAAAAUGUGCGGUCCUGAUCUCAAAUAUCCUGAUCUAGAGACGGGAUUUAUAGACCCGCUACUGCCACUGCACGAUCAUAAUAACACUGACGAACUACCCAAUAACAAUAACACGGGUGAUCAAAGCUUGAAUGCUGUUGACACGAAUGCUUCCAGCUCUGAAGACCAUGACAUUGACGAUGAAGACGCGUGCAAUUAUGCUGCAACCAUGCCAGCAAUCCAGAUAGAACCGACGGCACUACCCGAAGAAGCCAUUGAAGAUGUGAAUUCAGCCGAGGAAGACGAAAGCGGUGAAAAUAUCGCCGCUCGUGGAUCAAAUGCUGAAACAUUGCCUUCCCCAAGCCAGAAGUUAAUAAACUUUCAACAUAUCCGAGUUGGAAACACAAUUCCUGAGCAUGAUCCACCACAACAGAUUAUCAACACUGUUGGAAACGAUAAACAGCCCAUGGACUACAGGUCGAACGAAUCUUUGAUAAACGCACUAAGCGACACUUCAGGUAUAGCCAACAACUCCAAUACGAACACAGCUGAACACGACACCGAAUUGAGUUCCAGCGUCGUAUUCAGCGAAACCACUCCGGAGCCAGCGAAUUGGACACAAGCUCUGUCUGAUGGAAAGCGUGAAAGUGGUAACACGCAAGAAACACUUGUAAUUCCCACCAGAGAACUUGAGAAUGUAUUAUCCCAGCAACCAACAGAGGAGUCGGGCAUCGAGAACCAUGCUUCCAAUAACCCAUCAUGUGAUCCGCGCGCUCUACGUCGGAUAGUGGGCGAUACCGAGCAAGGAAUUCAUGAUGCUGAAACAGCUGGCGCUAGGGCUGAUUCAGAAAUAGAUAUGACCAGAUCUGACAGGAGUCUUGCUGUUACUGGACUUGUUGAAAAACAGGUCAUGCGUCCUAGGUAUGAUAGAGAAGACUCUAGACAAGAGGUCCAAUGAAUAGCUGACACGGAUGAAUGUAAUAAAUGGCUGUCUGUUUGUAUUGUAUAUUUCAUAUAAUUUAUGUCUCUUACAUUAGACGUUUAUUUCACAUGUUUGUUUCUCAUUUGACAGUUGUUUGAUACCAAUCGUCAUGUAUAACAUUCUUAUCAUACGUCUUGAUAAAUUUUCGUAUAUACUGUUUAAGUGCUCCUGAAAUAUGUAAUAUAUCCUUUAUUUAAUGUAUUGCAUUCAUUGUAUGCGAUAAUGUAGAGUCGUAUUUGUGUAUUAAGUUAUAACUGUGUUGCUGUCAUUCUCAUUUUUAUAUUUACCAUUACUGUACCUCAGUUAAACAAUUACGCGUUUGGAUAGUUAUAUGUAAAUGCCCAGCGUCUUUCAUACUUUAAUCUAUAUUCAUAUUGCUUCAAUUGUUUGGUUGUUAUAAACAGUAUUUAUAUUGUAUAUAAAAAUUGUUAGACA